AUGACCCUGAGCGCGGAGAGGUCCGACGAGACCGACAUCGACGUGGUGGGGGAGGGCGAAGAGGAGGAGGAGGACGACGAGGAGGAGGAGGAGGAGGAGGACGAGGAGCCUCGGCUGAGGGGCGGCGGGAGGCCACGGUCCUACACGGAGGAGGAGGAGGAGGACGAGGAGGAGGAGGAGGAUGACGGAGGCGAGGUGGCCCGGGCGGCGGACGGCUCGCCCCCUCCCCAGGGUCCGUGCCCGGAGGAGGGGGGCAGAGCAGCAGCAGCAGCGGGAGGAGGAGCAGGAGCAGGAGCAGCAGCAUCAGGGGGAGGAGGAGGAGGAGGAGGAGGAGGGUCAGCGGGCCCCAAGAACCCCCUGGUGAAGCCCCCCUAUUCGUACAUCGCCCUGAUCACCAUGGCCAUCCUGCAGAGCCCCAAGAAGCGCCUGACCCUGAGCGAGAUCUGCGAGUUCAUCAGCGGCCGGUUCCCCUACUACCGGGAGAAGUUCCCCGCCUGGCAGAACAGCAUCCGCCACAACCUGUCGCUCAACGACUGCUUCGUCAAGAUCCCCCGCGAGCCGGGCAACCCGGGCAAGGGCAACUACUGGACGCUGGACCCCGAGUCGGCCGACAUGUUCGACAACGGCAGCUUCCUGCGCCGGAGGAAGCGGUUCAAGAGGCAGCCGCCGCUGGUCCCGCCCGCGGGGGCGGCGGGGGCGGCGGGGGCGGUGGGGGGGCCCGGCGAGCCCCCGGCCCUCUUCCCGGCCGCGCCUCACCCCUACGCCUACGGACCCUACAGCUGCGGCUUCGGCCUCCAGCUGCCCCCCUACCCGGCGCCCUCCGGCCUCUUCGCCGCCUUCCCCGCGCCCUCGCCGCCCUCCCAGGGGGCACCGUGCCCACCUCCUCCCCCUCCCGCCGAGCUGGCACGGACCUCCGCCUUCGGGUACCGGCCGCACCCGCUGGCAUCCCUGCCCGCCGCCAAGGGCCCCCCGGCCCGCUCCCCCUUCUCCAUCGACAGCAUCAUCGGGGGCGGGCUGGGCCCCCCCCCCGCCGCCACCUCCGGGGUGCCCUCCGGGAUGCCCGCCGCCCUGACCCGCUCCUUGGUGGCCGCCGCCGCCUCCUCGGCCGCCCUGGGCACCCUGCGCCAAGGGGCGGCCCUGGCCUGCGUGGACGGCUUCGCCGCUGCCCUCUCCAACUGCUAACUCGUGCCACGCCGGGGAGGAGAGCGACGGUGCCAACGCGGAGGAUGCCCACCGUGCCAACCGGGAUUGGCGGGGAAGGCCAGGGAAGCCAGACGACUGGAAGCCCACCGUUGGGUACUUGUUCGAGGUACUGUUUUAUAAAAAGGAAAAAAAAAAUCGAUGAACUUGUUUACACACGGAAGACAAAGUCAAGAUUAGCAUUCCUUAUUUUAACCUGUGUUUUUUUUGUAUUAUAAUAGACUUAUGGAAUUCUUAUUUUGUAUU